UGGGUUUGUCCUCGGUCUGCUGCUGCGGCGGCGGCUCUGUGUUGUGUUGUACUGGGCUGGGGCAGCAGCGCUGACAUGGUGAGCAGACCGGUGCGGGAAACACACCACCACACCUCUCGCCGGUCUGCUUUCGACUCUUAAGAACCAAUACUUUGAUCAACAGGCUCCUUUUCUAGCAGCUGCAAACAGCAAGUUGCCCAUCAAAAUGGUCUGGGUGCUUCAAUACACCUUCUCACUUUUACUAACUGUGCAUGUCAUAUAUUCAACUCUGAUUCAUGUGAAGGCCGAGGAGGAGACCAGAGAAUGCAGAGAACAGGAGUACAAGGACCGGUUUGGGAACUGCAAACCCUGCAAGCAGUGUGAUGCAGGACAGGAGCUUUCAAAGGAAUGUGGCUUUGGUUAUGGAGAGGAUGCCCGGUGCGUGCCCUGCCGGAGCAGUCGCUUCAAAGAGGACCGGAGCCUGCAGAAGUGCAAGCCCUGCUUGGACUGUGGACUCAUCAACCGCUUCCAGAAGGGCAACUGCUCUACCACCAGCAACGCUGUGUGUGGUGACUGUCUGCCGGGAUAUUACAGGAAAACAAAACUAAGUGGUUUCCAAGACAUGGAGUGUAUACCCUGUGGGGACCCUCCGCCUCCUUAUGAGCCUCACUGCAGUGGGCGAGUGAACCUGGUGCCGCUGCCCUCAGUGGUGACCAGCCCACGGGACAUGGCCCUGGCCGCGGUCAUCUGCAGCGCUCUGGCCACUGUGCUGCUGGCCCUGCUGGUCCUGUGUGUCAUCUACUGCAAGAGACAGCUGCUGGAGAAGAAGCCCAGUGCAGCCUCUCUGAGGUCACAGGACUGUCCGUACAGUGGGGCAGAGCUUUCCUGCCUGGACCCCCGCUGGCUACAUGACUUUCCCCAGAGACCCUGCUGCCAGUGUCACCUGGGUCCCGGACACACCUGCGGUCCAGUCCACCUGAUCCCAUCUCUGUGCUGUGAUGAGAGCAGCAGUCUGGGCCGCAGCCAGGACAACAGUCCCUUCCAGUCCCAGACGAGCCUCAGUGACGGAAAUACACACCUGGAUGAGGAGGGCGCUCCGAUGCAGCUGGAAGGACAUCCAGAGUCUGUCUCUGCAGAGGCUGGUGGGAUGAUGGGGAGCUCAGAGCUUGCAGAAAGAAUGAAGGUGGAAGAGGAAGAGGAUUGUGAGGGUGACGAGGAAGAAGAAGGAUGCAGAUCAAGGGAGAAUUCACCUGAGAGGACGUCACAGAGCUACAGUGAAGCUGCAACAGAUGCACUUCUUCCCAAACAGCAACCACCAACUUAGGAAGGAUGACAUGGACUACUUUGGCUCAUGUUCCACCCUUGAACCACCCUGGACUCAACAACAGCCGCAGCCAGAUCCCGUUUCAGAUUACUCACCAGCUCUCACCC